AUGUGCGGCAGGUACGCAAUUGCUUAUAACAGCGAGGAAUUGCCCUCGCAUUUCAAAGGCUUUGAUCUUGAAGUUCAUCCCAAGAUAAAUAAGGGAGAUCACUUCGAUAGAUCCUUUAAUGUGGCACCAACAACCUCUGGAGCUGUCCUUCGUGCGAAGGACCGUGAAUUGAGGUAUAUGAAAUGGGGAUUGGUUCCAAAUUGGACCAAGAACGCAGAGGAUUUCAAUACUUACAAGACGUUCAAUGCCAGGUUGGAAAACCUUCAGGAGAGUAAGAUGUGGAUGGCGUGCUGCAACAGGAAGAGAUGUGUUAUUCCAGUGAGCGGAUAUUACGAAUGGAAGACCAAGGGCAAAGAAAAGAUUCCUUACUACGUUGUCAGAAAAGAUGGGAAACUAUGCUUCUUAGCCGGGCUUUACGAUUAUCUUGAAAGCGAGGACCUCUGGACCUAUACCAUAAUAACGGGUAAGGCACCUAAGGAGCUCUCUUGGUUACAUCACCGGAUGCCUGUGAUUCUGGAGCCAGGUACGGACGCUUGGGACACUUGGAUGGACCCUGAUAAGACCAAGUGGACGCAGGAAGAGCUUGAUGAUCUCUUAGCAGCACACUAUGAUGAUGAAGUUUUGGCAGUUUAUCAAGUUGGUACUGAUGUUAAUAAGGUUGCCAACAAUAAUCAGAGUUUGGUCAAACCAAUCCUGAAGCAAGACCAGGGCAAGUUCAACGUGGAGCUCAGCGCUACGGAGAAGAGGCACAUGAAGCAGGAAGCUGCUAAGGAAGAAGGCAAUAGUCAAUCGGGUCAGACGAAGAAACGGAAGACCAAGACGGAGGAUGUUAAAGAGGAAGAGCAAUCCGUCGCUCACCGCACGAAGAGGACCAAGAAAGACGUUGAUCAAGAAGAGGAGCCUUCGGAAAAAGAUGACGAGGCUGUUGAAGAGGAAGUUAUGAAAGAGGAGGAAGGUUCUGAUGUCGGAGAUGAGCCCUAUGACGAAGAGAACGAUGCUGAAGUUGAUCAGGACGUCAUGGAAGAUGAAGUUGGUGAAGAAGUUGAUGAGGAAUACAUAAAGGGUGAUGAGAACGAUGUCGAAGGCUCUAUGGAUGAAAUGGAAGACGAUGCCGUAAUGGAAGAACCGAUGGUCAAGGGUGCCAAACAAACUGGUCAGAAGAAGGGCGGCCAAUCCAUCGGAGAGCGGGUCAGAAAGGAAGUCGGCGGUAGCUCUGCGGUAAAAGACGAAGAGCAGUCUGAUCCAACUCCCAAGCGUCGGGGCAAGGGUAGAAGCACGUCAGGGAAGGGCUCUGAUGAAGGGGAUGUGGUGAAUAUGAUGUCUUCUGGUAAGAAAGCAAGCAAGAAAAGAAAGCAGCAUAACUGA